AUGGCAAGAACCCUCCAAGAAGUGGAGUUGUGUGACGACGCUAUUAAGAAUGGUCCUUAUGCAUCGGUACGUACGCUAUACGGCCUUGCCUUUGACGACGGUAGUCGGUUGAACAGAAGGAAGCUGUGUCAAUGGACGGGUUUCCCUUUUGAGAUCGCAUCAGAUGACUUCAAUGAGAAAGUGGAUGAGGUAGUGCAGAAUUUUACGAUCGCAGAACUUUGUGGAGUCGGCCUUCUACUGGGGUUGAAUUGUGCAGGUACUCACCAAGAAGUGGCCGAGAGAAUUUGUUCAGUGUUGACUGAUUUUGAUCUGUUUACACAAGAAAGAGUUGUUCAAGAACAAGAGAGUGAAAACGAGGACGACGAAGAUGAUCCGGUAGACAGUGAUGAUGGUCGAGCAGGCGCGGCAGCAGUCCCUACGUUCACCAUGUCUUUCAGAGACAUCGAAGAUUCCGUACGCACUUUUAGUGGUGACGACAAUUAUGCAAUCGAGAUUUGGGUCGCAGACUUUGAAGACAUCGCUAAACUUAUGAAGUGGUCGGAACUGCAACGACUAGUUUUUGCGAAGAAAUCAUUAACUGGGCUUGCUAAGUUAUUUAUCCAAAGUCAGAGGAAUUUGGGUACAUGGAAGGACUUGAAACGCAGGUUAUUGAGUGAAUUUUCCAAGAAGGUGAGCACUGCUGAACUGCAUCGCAUGCUGAAUAAUAGAAAAAUGAAAAAAGAAGAAUCUCUCCAGGAAUACUUGUUGAAGAUGCGUGAACUCGCUUCAAAGGGUCAAAUUGAAGAGGAGUCAGUAAUCGAAUAUGUCAUUCAAGGUAUCAACGAUGAUCCUGAACACAAAUUUUUGUUGUAUGAAGCUAAAACUUAUGUCGACUUAAAGAAAAAAAUUAAAGUUUAUGAGAAGAUUAGAAAGACCCGUACACCUUCGACUCAAUCUGUUGGUCAACGUUUCCGAAAGCAUAACGAAAACAAAGGAACUUAUUCUCCGGGGUCUGUAGGAGCAAAGGGCAGUAGUAAACCCCCUCCAAAUCAGAACAUAAUUAGAAGAUGCUAUAAUUGUAAUGGUGUGGGCCAUUUCGCCUCAAAUUGUCCAAUUCCGGUGAGGGAAAAGGGUUCCUGUUACAAUUGCGGUUCAAAGGAACAUCAGAAGAGGAAUUGUCCAGGGAAGAAAAAGGAAGACAACACCACCAAUGUGAUAUCAACCGAGACACAAGAUCCCUAUAUGGUAAACGUUAAGAUUAAUGUUAAAGAUGAUUGUCAAACCGAAUGUAGCUAUAAUUUGAAUUCAUUAAUCGAUACAGGUAGCCCAAUUUCAGUUGUAAAAGUUCGGUAUGUCACCGAAAAUAAUUUCAAUGAAGGUCUAAAUCCAAAUUUAAAUUUCGUGGGUGUGAAUGGAUCGAAGCUUGAUAUAUUGGGUAUUUUUAACACGGAAGUAUUUGUUAAUGAAACUGUUUUACCCAUAAAAUUCUAUGUAGUUCCUAAUAGCACCAUGUCCUUUAACGCUAUACUAGGUAGAGAUUUUCUCAAUACCAAGGGUUUCACGUUUACGUUAGGAGAUCAUUUAAAAAUUAUUUCAAACGAAUUUGAGAAAGUAAAUAACUUUGACGAAAUUUUACAUGUCAAUUUUAAGGUAGGUGAAGAAAUAAAAAGUAACAAAGAAGUACAGAUCAAUCCUUGUUUAGAUUAUGAUAAAAAAGUGGAAGUUUUGGAAGUGUAUGAUAAUUUUUAUUUAUGUAAUGACUCGCCAAAGAUUGAUUGUAAUUACGAAAUGAACAUUUGUGUUAAGAAUAAUCAACCAAUCUCUUUUAGACCACGGCGUUUAUCCUUUUCUGAAAAAGAAAAAUUACAAAACAUGUUAGAUGAUCUAUUAGAACGAGGCAUUAUUAGACCUAGUAGCUCUGAUUACUGUAGUCCAAUUGUACUGGUAAGAAAAAAGACAGGUGAUUUAAGGCUUUGCGUUGAUUAUCGCGAAUUAAACAAAAUUACUAUUAAAGACAACUUUCCUACUCCUUUGAUAGAAGACAAUCUGGAUCGACUUCGAAACAAAAGAUAUUUUACGACCCUUGAUCUUAAGGAUGGUUUCCAUCAUGUUCGUGUAGCAGAAUCGUCGAUUAAAUUUACUAGUUUUAUCACACCUUUAGGGCAAUUUGAAUAUCUUAGAAUGCCUUUUGGGUUAACUAAUGCCCCAAGAGUUUUUAACAGAUUUAUUAAUUUAGUUUUCAAUAAAUUAAUUCGAGCAAACAAAAUUAUUUUGUACUUAGACGGCAUUCUAAUAGCGACCAACAGUUACGAAGAACAUUUAGAUAUUUUGAAAGAAGUAUUUGGUGCAGCCUCCCAACACAAUUUGCUUUUUCGAAUUGAUAAAUGUGCUUUUCUUAUGUUUGAAAUUUCUUAUUUAGGAUAUCUAGUAAACAAUGAUGGCAUCAGACCUGAUCCGAAAAAUGUCGAAGCAAUUUUGCAGUAUCCAAUUCCUACAAAUGCUAAGGAAGUUCAUAGGUGGGCACUAUUCUUACAAAAUUAUGACUACGAAUUGCAACAUCGUCCGGGAACACGGAUGAUCCAUGUUGAUGCUUUAAGUCGAGCCAACAAUAUUUUAGUACUAGAGGAAAAUACACUGGAACAAAAUUUAGCUAUUUCUCAAAAUUUAGAUUCGAGUAUUCAAAAGGUUAAGUCUGAACUCGAAAUCCGCGAAAGUACAAAAUUUGAACUUAGGAAUGGACUAGUGUAUAGAAAGAGCAAAGGAAAGCUUUUAUUUUACGUUCCUCCGUUGAUGGAAAGUCAGAUCUUAACUAUGUGUCAUGAUAAUUUCGGUCACGUUGGCGUGGACAAAACUAUGGAGUAUCUAAAACGCAGCUAUUGGUUUCCUAGUAUUAAAGAAAAAGUGAAAAAUCAUGUUCGAAAUUGUUUGAAAUGUAUCACCUUUUCACCAAUUGGUGGCGCUGUGCCGAGUGAGUUACACAAUAUCCCUAAGGGAAAUAAACCCUUUGUCACCAUACAUAUUGACCAUUAUGGUCCAUUAGAAAAAACUUUGACAGGUAGAAGAUAUAUUUUUGAGAUCAUUGAUUGUUUCACUAAAUUCGUAAAACUGUAUGCAGUCAAGAGCACCAAAACUUGUGAAGUAAUCAAUCAGUUAGAAAAUUAUUUUAGGCACUAUAGUGUACCAUUACGUAUUGUAUCCGAUCGGGGAUCCUGUUUUACCUCUAAUGAGUUCGAAAAGUUUGUUCAAGAACAUAUGAUUCAGCAUAUUAAAGUCGCGACGGGGUCACCAAAAUCAAACGGUCAGAUCGAAAGAAUCAAUCGAGACUUAACACCAAUGUUGUCAAAAUUGGCUAUUUUAACAAACAAAUCCACUGGUAAUUCUCCAUCCGUUUUAUUGUUCGGUAUUAGUCAAAACGAUCCUAGCGAUCCUUUAAGAAAUUCAUUGGGCGCUGAAGCUGAAAAAGAAGAUGACUUAGCCGAGGUUCGAGAAAAGGCUCAGUCUCAGAAUGAAAAGUUACAAGCAUACAAUAAGCGCAUGUAUGACCAAAAACAUAGACCUCCUAAACCGUACAAUGUCGGUGAUUAUGUGAUGAUAAAAAACAUAGAUGUUACACCAGGUAUUAAUAAAAAACUUUUACCUAGGUAUCGUGGUCCCUACGAAAUCAAGAAGUCAUUAGGCAAUGAUCGUUAUUGGAUUACAGACGUUGAAGGUUUCCAAGUAACGCAAAUCCCAUUUGAGGGAGUAUGUUGUCCUGAGAAUAUGAAGCUUUGGCUUCAAUAAGUUACAAAGAGAUUAGUUUCAUUUGUUCAUUAUUUCAUAAUGUUGUGUUUCUAAGUUUUGUUUCCACCUCGUUCUAGUUUUGACGCUAACAUGUUCGUCUUUUAAGCCGUCUUUUAAGCGAUUGGGUUUUCUAAUCCAUCUCUAAUACCCUUAUGAUUUUUAUGUGUCCUAAUUACUUAUGUGAUUUAUGUACUUUAGAUACUUAUGUGCGUCUUAUCAUUAUGUUAUUUAGGCGUUAUAUUAUGUAUUGGAUUUAUGUGACUUAUGUUUUUAACAUUUUAUGUUUCACUAACUUAUGAUGUUUGUGUGACUGAAGUUUAAGCACCUUAUGUUUUCUGUCACUUAUUAUGUUAUGUACCUUGUGUUUUAC